UGAAAAAAAAAAGAUUUACAUAAAGACAUAAAGAUUAUUCUUCGCAACAUCGCCUCGACUCUGACCCAGAUCUCCUCAAAAUCAACUGUCAAAGUCGCAUUACGAUAUAAAGAUGUAUUAUACGGUCAGUGGCAGAGACCAAGAACGUUCGGUGCACGUUUUUUACUUGCAAACAAUUUGGCGGUUUAUCACAACGUUUAUGUCUUUAAAAGUGCAGUUCCUUGCUGAUUUUAUGUUUGUCGUGACGUUUCAGCUGCUUGUUAUGGCUGUGUCAUGAAGAAUAAAUACUGUGAAAUUUGCAAAGGAAGAGGAAUCGAGAGCAGAUUGAAACUUUGUCGUGUAAACUUUGAAGAAGGUAUUUUGCUGUGUGACAACGCCAUGGGUAAAUUGGUGCAUUCUGUUUAGGAAAUGGUACGAUAGGAGUGUAUCUUUUUUGGUGUCACUAAUGUGUGUGUAUCCCUUUGGCUUUGAACCUGUUGAAAUGUUGGCUGUAAAGGAUGUUCAACGUGAAUGGGGAAGUACUAACAAGGGGAGUAUGAAGUUAUCCUCCAAUAAAGAAAGUGAAAAAGAAGUUAUCAAAACAUCAAAGACUACUAACACGAGUUUCCCUGUUUCAAAAUUCUACUGGUCAAAUUUUAUUAACCUGUGUUGGUUGGAUUCUGUGAUGACCAUCCUUGUAAACAAUCGAUGUCUUCAACUUUGUCUUGAGAAAUUCAAGCCGAAAGGCUCAAUACUUCAAGAGCUAUGUGCAAAGUUUGCAAAAGCUCAAGUACUGGGUCCCAAUGAAGAAGGAAAAACAAUGCUGUACAAUACUCGCAACAAAAUUUUUCAAACAUUGCAAAAAAAGAUGAAUUGUCAACUUGGUGAGAAGGACAGUGUCUUGCAGUGUAUGAAUAUCUUAUUAAAGGAUAAUCCAGUUGUUUCUGAAAGAUUUUGUCUAGAAUAUGAAUGGACAUUUAAGUGUUCUUUGUGUGGAUAUACUCAAGUAGACAGAUUGAAUAAACUGGUUGUUAGUUUCCCGAACACACUUGAAGAUUUUAAUGUGCCUAGAGGAGUUUUUUUGAGGAAUUGUUAUAAAUGCAACACUCCAUGUCAAAGAAGUCAACUGGACAUAAAAAGGUUGCCUCCUUGUGUGAUGGUUCAUUUUGUCGAAGGUGUAAAGAAGACAGAUUUCUUUUCGUCAGGUUUUGUCUAUCAAGGAAAGUGUUACAACUUAUGUCAGUUUAUACAGUACAAGAAGAACCCAGAUCAUUUUGUCGCUUGGAUUCGCCAUGAGAAUGGGACACAUUGGAUGGAAGUGGAUGAUACUCAAAAUAUAAUUUGUAAUUGGAAAGAAGGUGAUCCAAGAGUACCUUUACAUGAAGUACAUCUUGCUGUCUGGGAGCGAAAUUCACUGUAUCGUAAGAAACAUUCAUCUGGUGGACAGUCCGCUGUCGGAAGUUCCCAGUCAACUGAAGAUAUACAUGAUUUACCCAAUGACUAUACUACUAAUACUUCAACUGAAAAUUAUGUUGGACCAAAACACGUUGACCUAUCUGCUUGUAAUAACUGGGAGUUAGAAGACGUUAAGCAAAUGCAGGGGAAAAGUAAUGCCAGCUCUCCAGGAAUAAUUUCUUCGCCAAGAGAUAGCAAUUCAAAUUUUGCUGCAUCUAAGUCUCAUUCGAAGUUUUUUGAAAGAUCAAAAUCUUCUGACAAAUGCAUUAAAGAGGAUGGCAAAGAGUCCUUGAAAAAUUCUAGCAAAAGAAAGACUCUAUUUGAAGCUUAUGUUCCAAAAAAGAAGCGGAAUUUAUCAGUUGAAGGUGAUGGGAAAGCAGCCUUACACGACUUUUCAAGUUUUUCAUGGAAAGGUAAUGAUGCUGCCGUUGGGCAUGAAAAACGAGUUGAAAAAAUUGACAGUCAAAUUGACAGUGGCUAUUCUAGUCCGGGUUCAAACAAUUCUACAACAAGUAAUGCUUCUCAAGGUUGUACUAAGAAUGAAACAUUUAUGAAGGAAAUAAUUCACACAUUGGAUAAUGUUGGUAUGACUAUGGACAACCAGACCAUAAACCACGCCGACAAGAAUCUCAAAAAUUACUCUUUUGAAGAGGGUGAAGCAGAAAAGAAAGUGGAAUCCUUAACUUCAAAUUUUGCAGAUAUUGAGUCAUUCUACAAUUUCGAAAGGGAAUUUAUGGACGACAUUGGCACAAUGGACUUUCUUGAUUUUGAACCAAAGAUUGAAGAGAAAACGAGAGUUGAACAGAAAAAUGAAGCUGAGAAUGAGGGGAGUUUGGUAAACUCCAUCCCCUUUGGUUCAAGUGAAGUCAAUGAAAAUGAUAUAGUAGAAGGGGUAGCUGUCAAAUGUAAUGUAGAAAGAAGAAACGAAGUUGCCGACGAUGUUUGUGUUUCCAAGACUUUUCGUGAAAAUAUUUCUGAAUCUCGUUCAAAUGUCAUGGAUUUUUGUCAGCUAAAGCAAACAAUGACGACGCUUAUUCAUGGAUCUGAUAAUACAGCAGCACGUGUAUUUGGAGAGAAUAACAGUAUUGGAAAAGAAGAAAUGAGUGAAACUCUUGAUACUGAAUUGAUUGAGUUCAAUGAACUCGAUUUGGAAAUUCAAGAAAUCAUGAAUCGAGAAGCAGAGAAAAGCUAUAAGCGUUCAAACCUUUUGUUAGGUCCUUGUGACAACAUAAUAAACGGAUUAUUUCCAAGCACGUCACUAGAUGUGCGUUUAUAGUUUUGCUAAGUACAGUCGUGUUUGUGUGUACCUUUUAAUUGCAUGCCUGAUACUGUUAAAAAAUUCCUUACUAAUCACAAUUACGCGUUAAUCGGUAUUUUUCUUAUAAUUCUUAUGAGAUAUCAAAAAGAGAAGUUAUUGCAAAUUAACAAAUAAAUUGCAAAAUAAACAUUAAAACAGAUAUACAAAAAA